AAGUCCGACCCGAAGUUAUUUUAUUUUACGAUUGUACUCAUCUCGUAUUCAGUAUAAUUAGUGAUGUCUGCUAUCGAAGAGACGAAAGCUCGUGUGAAGAAUGCUAUUGGGGCGAUUCCGGAUUUCCCUAAACCAGGAAUUUUAUUCAGAGACAUCUUUCCCUUAUUUCGGGAUCCAAGUAUUCUAAAUGACCUCAUUGAUCUCCUUGUACAUCAUGUUAAACAAGCAUUCCAACAAGUUGAUGUGGUUGUAGGUCUAGAAGCAAGGGGCUUUCUAUUUGGUCCUAUGCUGGCACUGAGGCUAGGAUGUGGUUUUGCACCAAUCCGCAAGAAAGGCAAGCUACCCGGUGAAUGUAUUCAGGUUUCAUAUACACUGGAAUAUGGCACAGAUGUAUUUGAGAUGCAGAAAGGUGCAGUCAAAGCUGGUCAAAAAGUCCUGAUUGUUGAUGAUCUCAUAGCAACAGGAGGUACCAUGCAUGCUGCCUGUCAAUUGGUGAGGAGCAUGGAAGCAGAAGUCUUAGAAUGUCUUGUCAUCAUCGAGCUGAUAGACCUCAAAGGAAAGGAGAAACUCACCGCCCCAUUCCAUACACUUAUAGAUUUCGAAGGAGAAUGAGACCACCAUGGGCCUUUCUAUGAACAGUAAAUUAUGAA